CCACACUUUCAAAAGUGGUGUUCCAGCAAAUAUAAAGCACACAAAAAGACAAGUCCAUUUCAAAAGCCACCCCAUAAGAGAAAAAAGAACACCAUUAUUUUAUUAUAUACACCAAAGAUGAACCAAAUCUUCUCUUCUUCUUCUUCAUAAUCUAUUCAACCACUGAUAAAAUAAAAUCAUAAAUCUUGUUUUCAAUCAAAACCCCAUCAUUGCUUCGUUUUUCAAAAGCUAAAAAACAAUACCCUAUAUACCUAUAUGCCUCCUUUGAACCUUGCAAAGAAGCUGAAACCAGCCAAGAAGGCUUGGAAGAGCUUCACCAUUAAAGUUAGAUCGAAACUCGAAAGCUUCGACGUUUCGAAUUCGAUCAAAACGGUGACUCGUCGUGUCGUCGAGUUCUGCUCGGUUCAUCUCUUUGCACCUUUCAAGAAACGGUUCCUUCGUCACUCGUCCGGCCGGGGGCGUCGUCGGCCGUUUAACCAUGAGUAUGACCACCUUUACCAUUACCAACAUUACCGAAACCAGGUGAAGAAUAAUCGGAAAGUUAUAUACAUAGACCAGCUUUACGGUGAGCAGCGCAUGGAACAACAACCGGAGGCGGUGGCGGAGACGAGCAGACGAAAUGAAGAAGUAGCGGAAGAGAGCGGUGUUUAUAGUAUCGAAGAUGCAUGGAAAGCGGUGGUUGCGAGAUCACCGCAUUUAAGGGGAGUUGAUGAACGAGCUGAUGAGUUUAUAUAUAAGUUUCGUGAAGAAAGGAAGCUUGAGAAGGAACGAAGUGACCUUGAUUUUCAAGAGAUGUUGGCUCGAAGUGCUUGAAUCUUUAUCAUCAUUUUGUUGUUGUUUUCUUCUUAAAUGCAAGACAUGGUGAAGUUCUUAGCAGGUUUUUUUGGUUACUGCAUGUGUUCUUCCAUGGUUGAUUAAAACAGGGUUUGGGUUUUUGAAUUUGGUAUUUGUAUAGACUGGAUUAAAGUUUGUGUUCUUUGUUUCUUUGUGUUUCUUACUUAUGUAACACGGGAUGUACAUCUGAUAUAUUGUUGUUAAUUUUUGGCUUUGGGAUGUAUACAAUGAAGGUUUGAUUGUGUUAUUUGCUGAUAAAUUAAUGGAAAUUCAAAUUUUAUUAA